AUUACAUUAUUCCAACAGUCAAGUGACACCAAGUGACAAUCCAUAUACUCAACUGAUCAGUUGCCAUUGGUGUUAUAAUUAGUCAUUUGCAUUCUUUGAGACCACCAAUUUCCUAAUUUCCCUCUACAUAUUUCAUUUGGAAUAAAAAAUGCCAGUUAAAAGAAUAUUUUUAAACCCUAAACAUGGCUAGGCCACUUUUUUAUAUACAUUGUUUCUCUUAUUUACAUACUCAUGUAUUUUUUUAAAUCCUACCAUGAAAGUUUUGACAAUCCAAAAGUGUUUGAUGAACUCUUGCUUUGCGAGACGUAUCCUUUCAAGGUUGAGAGAGACCCCCAGGAGGGAUGGUGCCCUGGAAUCGGUUGGAACAGGCUCUGGCGAGACAUCACUAAAAAAAUCGGUGGAAAACGUGGCAAGCAACUUUGAACAAUUCGUAAGUAGAACCUUGAGCGCACAAAUUGGACAACAAAAUCAUGGAACAUCCCUGGGAAGCCUUGCAAGUGAAACUAUAGACAACCUAAUGAAGUUCCUAGCGCAAAGUCUGCCAAGAACCUUGCAAUCACAAUAGAGGAUAUACCCAGCAGCAAAGCUAAGAUAAGUCUUGGCCCAAAUAUUGCCAUGUGAGACUGGAAAUAU